ACUCCUCACUCCUUCAACUCAUUAACCUCUCUCUCUCUCUCUCUCUCUCAUUGUCAUCCGCAAAUGGCAAACCGUAGAAGCCUCUUUUCUCUCUCACUUGUCUUUGUGUUCAUGAUCAACUCAGCCAUAGCCACCCCAGUCACAUACAAUGUGGCCAGUUUAGGAGCCAAAGCAGAUGGCAAGACUGACUCCACAAAAGCCUUCCUCUCUGCAUGGGCUAAAGCUUGUGCCUCGAUGAAUCCCAGUGUCAUUUAUGUGCCGGCAGGAACGUUCUUUCUUCGCGAUGUGGUGUUUAGUGGGCCUUGCAAGAACAAUGCCAUCACCUUUCGCAUUGCCGGAACCCUUGUGGCCCCGUCCGAUUACCGGGUCAUCGGUAAUGCAGCUAACUGGAUUUUCUUUCACCAUGUAAACGGGGUUACCAUAUCAGGUGGAAUUCUUGACGGCCAAGGCACUGCCUUGUGGGCUUGCAAGGCCUCCCAUGGCAAGAGUUGUCCCAGCGGAGCAACGACAUUGGGUUUUUCCUACUCAAACAACAUUGUGGUGAGUGGAUUGGUAUCCCUAAACAGCCAAAUGUUCCACAUAGUCAUCAACGACUGCCAAAAUGUGCAAAUGCAAGGUGUCAGGGUUUCUGCUUCCGGUAAUAGCCCUAACACCGAUGGCAUUCAUGUCCAAAUGUCAUCUGGUGUCACAAUCCUCAACUCCAAGAUUGCAACCGGUGACGAUUGUGUCUCAAUUGGCCCCGGAACCUCAAAUUUGUGGAUUGAAAGCGUUGCAUGUGGACCUGGCCAUGGAAUUAGCAUCGGGAGUCUAGGCAAGGAGCAAGAAGAGGCCGGUGUACAAAAUGUAACAGUUAAAACGGUUACCUUUACUGGUACUCAGAAUGGUCUAAGGAUCAAGUCAUGGGGGAGGGCAAGCACUGGGUUUGCUAGAAAUAUUCUUUUCCAACAUGCGACAAUGGUCAAUGUCGAAAAUCCUAUUGUUAUCGAUCAACAUUAUUGCCCCGACAACAAAGGGUGCCCUGGUCAGGUUUCUGGAGUUCAAAUUAGCGAUGUGACAUACGAAGACAUACACGGUACAUCAGCAACAGAAGUUGCAGUAAAAUUUGAUUGCAGUCCCAAGCACCCUUGUAGCGAGAUCAAAUUGAAGGAUGUGAAGCUUACUUACCAGAACCAAGCAGCUGAGUCUUCAUGUAGCCAUGCAGAUGGAACCACUGAGGGUGUGGUUCAGCCUACAAGUUGUUUGUAGAGUGGAAAAAUAUGAGCUGCUUGUAGAAUUAUUGAAAUCCAAAAGUUUGCCCUCCAUUACUAGGGACAAAUGAAAAGAUAAUUAUACGAUUUAUAGGAAGAUUGAGCUUGUGGCGUUGAGCCUGGCCUUGCAAUUUGUUUAGUUUGUUCGAACUUGUCGACUUCGAUGGGUGUUUAUGUUAUGAACUGUUGUAAGAUUAUAUAUAUUCAGGAGACGUUAAAUUCACAAGAUUAAAUUUGAUUUUGAUGGCU